AUGGAAAGGAAUUGUACGGUGUGUGGUGGGAAUGGACAUAAUCAAAGAACAUGCAGUGAGAAAGGCAAAAGUAUUAAAUUGUUUGGUGUUGAGAUUACUACAACUACUAGUGCUGGUGGUGCAAUGUCUAAAAAAGAUAGCAUGGAAAGAAGAGUCAAGAAAGGAAAUCCAUGGACGGAGGAUGAACAGACAGCAUUUUUGAAGGGAUUGGAUUUUCACGGGAAAGGUAAUUGGUCUAAGAUUGCUAAGGAUUUUGUGCCUAGUAGAACAUCAACACAAGUCGCUAGUCAUGCUCAAAAGUACUUCAUGAGAUUAUUGGGUGCUAAUGAGAGAAAAUAUCACAAGAAAUCAAGUGUUUUUGACCUUCGUCUCGAUCAAUUAGAGGAUACACAUGAUCAUGCUAUUGUUCCACUCGGGAAUAAUUAUAAAAGUCAAAAUGUGCCAAGUGUUGUUCCAAAUUAUUACAUGAUGAAAAGAGUUUUGCCUCUUACUUGGGUUUACAUGUAUCCAUAUUAUCAUCGUGAUUAUGCCUCAACAUCAGCUAGUGCUACUACAUUCAACAAGCCACUUUCUGGGAUUUCUUCUUCUUCUAAUUCUUCCUCUUAA